ACGUGACCCGUACGUCACCUCACGUGAUCCGUUUGUAGUUUUUACAGAAGUGUGAAGCGUCCGGAAUUACUCCUCAAAACUGAAGCUAUGCGCGCUGUUACUGCUGUGUAACUACUGCUGUCGUGUAUUUAAGACAGAAAACCCGACUGACACUUUGUAGACCGUUGUUAAAUGAAAAUAAAGGCGUUCCGUGGUGAUGUCUUGUUAGCUUAGCCGUGGAGCUAACCACACUGCAGUUUAGACAAACAUGCCUCACGAAAUAACACAAAGAUCUGGAACCAGGAAGACACGAUGAAGACUGCAGUUUAGUCUGAGGAUUCAUGCUCAUUUACAGUUUGUUUUGACAGAUUUUAUUCGGAAUUGGAGGUGUUUUAGAAACGUCCACAACAUGUUGAAUAUCCCGACCCAGUGUUUCCCGGCUCCGAGCUCCCAGCAGCGGGUUUCCCCGGGAGGAUCGACCGGUCCCGGGAGGAACAAGGUUGCUCUGAAGCCGGGUCACAGUUUGAUGGACUGGAUCCGAUUUGCGAAGAGUGGCAAAGAUCUGACAGGUUUGAGAGGAAGGCUCAUAGAAGUGACUCCAGAGGAACUACAGAUGCACAACACGAGAGAGGACUGCUGGACGUGCAUCAGAGGUUUAGUCUAUAACGUCACUCCGUACAUGGACUUCCACCCUGGAGGAGACGAGGAGCUGAUGAGGGCCGCAGGCAUCGACGGCACAGACCUGUUUGACCAGGUUCAUCGCUGGGUGAACUAUGAGUCCAUGUUAAAAGAGUGUCUGGUGGGAAGGAUGUCCACAAAGCCUAUCACAAACAAUGCUGUCAUCUCCCCUCCUCCUGCACCAACCACCCUCGUCCCACUUACCACAGUCGCUCCACCCCCAGAGAAAGAUGGCCGACCACGGUACGACUGGUUCCAGACAGACUCCACAGUUCAUCUUGUUGUUUAUGCUAAAAGAAAGAUCCCCAGUUCAGGCUGCACAGUUGUCGAUCUUCGGGAUGGUGUGUUACGAAUCGAGGUUCUUCUACACAAAAUGUCCUAUAUGAUUCAUUUAAGACUCACGGAGGAAAUGGAAGAAAAUGUUUCAGUUCAAACGGCCUUCUCAGUGGGAAAGAUCCAGGUCAUAUGUCGCAAACGAACAGCAGGAAAAUGGGCGAGUCUUGGUCAGUCGCUGGAGUCACACAACACAUUUGUACGAAAACAAGACAGAGCUGUGUUUUACAGAGACUGCGUCCUGGUGUCUCGGACUGAAGUGAACCACAACACACAGGUCUACAGGCUGCAGCUGCCUCCAGGGACCAUGAUGCAGGUGCCUGUGGGAAAACACGUCUACCUCAGAGCUCACAUUGAAGACGCAGAAGUGGUGCGGCCCUACACUCCUGUAGACCGGACCCUCUGGACCCCUCAGGACUCAGCUCCAGACUCAGACCUCUACCUCAUGAUCAAAGUCUAUCCUGAUGGACUGUUCACACCACACCUGCACCUCAUGAACCCUGGUGACAGCAUCAGUGUGAGUGGUCCAGAGGGCAGCUUCAGUCUCCGCCCCCUUCGUGAUGUCACUCACCUCUUCCUCGUUGCUGCAGGAACAGGCUUAACACCGAUGGCCCGCCUCAUUCACACAGCACUGAGGGACAUCGACACCAUCAGGAAAACAAAGCUUCUUUUUUUUAAUCGAAAAGAAGAAGACAUUUUGUGGCGGAGUGAACUGGACGAAUUGGCAGCUACAAACAAAAGGUUUGAAGUGGAGUACAUCUUAUCAGAGCCGAGUGAGAGCUGGAGUGGAGCAAGAGGCAGAGUAAACGAGGCUUUGCUCAAAGAAAAAGUCUCCAAACCAGAUGAGUCUAAAAGCUUCGCCUGCGUCUGUGGCCCCAACGCAUUCACUGACAUCACUGUAGGUUUGCUGAAGCAGUUGGGCUUUGAUGAACAAGAGCUACACACCUUCCAGGGCUGAGCUAAAGACGUGCCUACAAUGAGACAAGAUUUAUU